AAAUAAGGUCGGCCAACAUUUUUUCGUGUCGUAAACUUUUUUCGACACUUUUUUUGCCCUCUCUCUCCGGCUAACGAUUUUAUUGUCUAAAUUUUUACGAAAAUAUUAAGUGUUUUUGUGGUAUAUCGAAGAACAACCAUUCAUACACAUCCCACCACUUAGGCACACACAUACACAUACACACACCUCUCACACGCAUUCGACGAAGGAGCUAAAAGCCUACGGCAGCAUAACGGUGGUAAACGUGUAAUAACAACAAAAACAACGAAAGCAACAGAAAAAGACAAAAAAUGCUGCGUUCUAUUGCAACAAAAGGAAGCGAACUAGGAGCUCUGCGUUCCCUUAUCCUGCUACGUACGGCCCGCCGAUCGCCUGGAACUGGAGUGCGCGCCCUUAGCACACAGCUGAUCAAUUCACGGAAUCUCCAGGCCAUCAGGACACUGACUGCAAAAUUGGAAAGUAGAACCAAACCCGUUGGUGUCUGGAGCUAUAACUUUGCCCGUAACUAUGCCAGUCUACCGGAACACAUCCGAGUGCCAUUGCCCGCACUGUCCCCUACCAUGGAGCGGGGCUCCAUCGUUAGCUGGGAGAAGAAAGAGGGCGAUAAACUGAAUGAGGGUGAUUUGCUGUGCGAAAUCGAAACUGAUAAAGCCACCAUGGGUUUCGAGACACCCGAGGAGGGUUAUUUGGCCAAGAUAUUGAUUGCCGGCGGUACCAAAGAUGUUCCUGUGGGACAAUUGGUGUGCAUUAUAGUGCCCGAUCAGGGUAGCAUAGCGGCCUUUAAGGAUUUCAAAGAUGAUGGAGCAGGAGCAGCUCCCCCCGCAGCAGCAGCAGCCCCACCACCACCACCGGCAGCAGCAGCAGCACCGGCACCUGUAGCAGCAGCUGCUCCAGCUCCUCCACCACCAGCACCAGCAGCAGGUCAGACCGCCUCAGAGCAACGGGGCGAUCGUGUUUAUGCCAGUCCCAUGGCCAAAAAAUUAGCCGAAGCACAAAAGCUGCGUCUACAAGGCAAAGGUAGCGGCGUCCAUGGCUCAAUUAAAUCUGGUGAUCUUGCAGAAGCAUCCGCAAGGGCCGCAGCAUCUGGUGGCGCCGCCGCAUCCAGGGCUCCAGGUGCUCGCUACACGGAUAUUCCAGUGACCAAUAUGCGUGCCAUUAUAGCCAAGCGUCUGCUCGAAUCGAAGACUCAACUCCCACACUAUUACGUGACCGUUCAGUGUCAAGUCGAUAAUCUCCUCAAGUUGCGCGCCAGGAUCAAUAAGAAGUACGAGAAGAAGGGUGUUCGCGUUUCGGUCAACGAUUUUAUCAUCAAGGCCACUGCCAUUGCCAGUCUUAAGGUGCCAGAGGCCAAUUCGUCGUGGAUGGAUUCGGUUAUUCGUCAAUAUGAUGAUGUCGAUGUCUCUGUGGCUGUUUCCACCGACAAGGGACUAAUCACUCCCAUUAUCUUCAAUGCCGAUCGUAAGGGUGUCAUCGAUAUCUCCAAGGAUGUAAAAGAACUGGCCGAAAAGGCUCGCCAGAAUAAACUGCAGCCCCAUGAGUUCCAAGGUGGCACCAUUUCGGUAUCGAAUCUGGGCAUGUUCGGUGUCAAUCAAUUCUGUGCCGUCAUCAAUCCUCCGCAAUCUUGCAUCUUGGCCAUUGGCACCACAACGAAACAGUUGGUACUGGAUCCAGAUAAUAUUAAGGGUUUCAAGGAAAUCAACCUGCUUACUGUCACUCUGAGUGCCGAUCAUCGGGUUGUUGAUGGCGCUGUGGCUGCCAGAUGGUUGCAACAUUUCCGUGACUUUAUUGAAGAUCCAGCCAAUAUGAUUUUGUAGAUCGAACGAGGACCAAGCACCAGCAAACAACAUUAGCAUCACCAACAACCAAACAACCAACAGCAACAACAACAAGAGCCUAGACUUGCGAAUGAAAGGAAAAGGAAUCAUCGUACAUAGAGGAGAAGACUCUGAUAAACGACACAAAAUGCUGCCCCUCUCAUCUACAAUUAUCAACAACUCUCUGUGGUGGGAUACGCGUUGCUCUAGGACAUAAACUAAUCGUUUCGGUGUAGUGUAUAUCUCUUUGGAUCUAUAUAUAUACACAUAUAUGUAAAAUGUUAUAUAUUUUUAAUCGGUAUCCAUUUGUAACAAAUUUAAUCGGCACUCAAUCCGACUUUUAGUAGUAAAGUGAAACCAAUUAUGUAUGAACUCACACUUCA